CACUCACUCACCCACCACCCACACUCGUUUUACUUGACAACGGGGCAUCACACAAACCGACUAGUGUGCAUAGCCACAGUACUGGGCCGCCGGCUUCCCAGACAUCACAUUACAUUACAGGACCACAACAGCUUCCUUCUCCCAUACCACCUCGUCCCCCCAUCAAAAGACGCCCGGCCAUCGCGCCAUGGUCAACAUCUCCCACCUCAACAUGUUCAACCUCAACAGCCUGGUAUCGCGGCGCCCGCUCGUCCUCUUCAUCGCGCUGGGCGCCAUGCUGUUCCUCUUCAGCGUGCACACGACGGGCAUAGCAAAGCUCAAAGUCGGCACGUCGGGCACCUCGGACCAGUGGACGACCACCUCGCCCACCGUCUCGCACGGCACCCCGCUCGAGGAGCUGAAAAAGGCCUGCGCAGCACCCGACCCGUUCGAGGAAAAGUUUGGCCGCGCAAACCUCCGCAUGACCCGAGCCUAUGAGGGCUCAUUGUUCAGAACACAGACGUUUGUCAACAAGAUCCUCCGUGGCGAAAAGGUCACAGUGACUACCAUCGGCGGCAGUGUUACCAAGGGGCACGGUGUUGACGACGGCGAAAAGUGGAUCAAGCGUCUGGAAGAGUGGCUUCGAGACUUCUAUCCCGGUGUCGACCUCGACGUCCACAACGGCGCACAGCCCGCCACGGGCUCCGACUACUUCUCGUUCUGCUUCCCCCUGCACAUUCCAGAGGAGACCGACCUGGUCAUCAUCGAGCUGGCUAUCAACGACGAGGGUAUCCCCGAGCACGUCACGGAUAUGGAGAACCUCCUCCGUGGCGUGCUCGACAUGCCCAAGAGGCCCGCCGUCAUGCUCGUCGAGAUCCUCGCUUUCAGCAACGGCGGCAUGGGUGGUGGCGGUGGCCGAAUGCAUCUGCCAGUUGCCCAGUUCUUCGACGUGCCGGUCAUCAACCACCGCCAUCCCUUGGCAAACCACUUUGACCGAUUCCCGCAUAUCAUGCCGCUCUACUUUACCACCGACUUCUGGGGUAACACCGACAUGCGCCACAUCAAUGCACGAGGCCACCACGAUGUCGCCCUCAUCAUUGGCAGUCUGCUCCGCGACACGUCGUGCGAGCUCGCGCGCGACCCCAACUAUGUGGUCCAAGCGUCGUCAGACAAGCAUGAGCUGGUCGAGAACCUCCCUCACAAGCUGUUCCACCAGCAGCUCGAAGCCGCCUACGGCGACGACAUGGCAACGCAGGAGCAGGCCCUCAAGAUUAUGGAGCAGGGCUGGGCCGGGGAACAGAGAUCGUUCAUCGCGACACCCCGCAGGCCUAAGAAGGAGAAUGAGGACGACGAGGACCCGCCCGAGCCCGAGCCCGUCUUCUUCCCAGGCAUGUGGAACCGCCCGCCUGAGUACGGUGUCGCUCCGCGCCAGUACGUCCUCGACGGGUGGAACGACAAUGUCGAGACUCGUGUGCCUCCCUGGCACCCUCACUGCUACAGCACGCGCGCAGUGGAGCCCAAGUUCAACCUCACCAUGACCGAUGCCAAGGGCUUUGAGUGGUGGGUCCACAACGACUUCAAGGACAAGCCGUAUAUCCGUGGCACCAAGCCUGGCGACUCGGUCACGUUUGAGAUUGAGACGAUUGUCGGCACCAUCAAGAUGUACGUCCUCAUGUCCAAGACGUUUGGCUUUGGCAUUCUCCAAUGCCAGGUGUCGGGCAAGGACGACAAGGUCGAGAUCGACACGUACUGGGACAAGGACCCGAACAUUGGGCGGUUUGCGACGAUUGCCGAGAACCUUGGGCCUGGCAAGCACACUGUCAAGUGUGAGAUUAUGAGCGAGACGAGCGAUCCCGAGGGACGGUCCGAGGUCCGCAUUAUUUCUCUCAUGAGUGUUUGAGAGCGCCGUCACUUGCGGCUAGAUGGGCGUUGCUAUGCGUUAGAAGGCGCGGUUGUUUGUACAUAUUUCUGGUCAUUAGAGCAUUGUCGGAGCAUAGCAUGUACAGGGAUGAUCCAUGG